AGAUGUCAGAGGAGCCGUUGGAAAUUGAAGCAGUGUACUUGUACGAGAAGGAGAAUGCCGAGUCCCAUCGCACCUUCAACUUCGAGAUGGUCCAUCAGGAUCCGGCGAUUCCCGUCCUUCGACGAGGACAAGCCUUCCAUAUGGCUUUGAGAUUCAAUCGCGAGUACGUGGACGAAACUGAUAUUGUCCGAUUACUCUUCAGCUUCGGCCCGAACCCCAAUGUGCUGCGGGGCACCAGAGGAGUUAAUACAAUCACCAACAGGGAAGCUUACCUGACUGAUCUGGAGGCUUGGGGUGUCCGUAUGAUUGGUGCUCACGGGGUGGAUUUAUCUGUCGAGGUCAGAAGUCCGAUCGACAGCCCCGUUGGAGUAUGGCAAUUGAACGUGGAGACCAAUACUCUCGGCAGAAGGAAAGCGCCGAAUACUUACAGUUAUGAUAAAGAUAUCUACUUGCUCUUCAACCCGUGGUUGAAAGAGGAUUUGGUGUACAUGGAGGAUGAACAAUUGCUCGAUGAAUACAUCCUGAACGAUGUUGGGAAGAUAUGGGUAGGUCCAUGGGGUAGUUCUCGUGGUAGAGAAUGGGUCUUUGGGCAAUUCGACGCGUGUGUGUUACCAGCUUGCCAAUUGUUGCUCGAAAGAUCCGGUAUUAAGGCGAUUUCCAGGGGCGAUCCAGUCAAGAUGGUUCGAGCAAUCUCGAGAAUCGUAAAUUCAAAUGAUGAUAAAGGCGUGCUAACCGGUCGCUGGGAUGGCGAAUACAGCGACGGUACCGCGCCGGCCACUUGGACCGGAAGUGUGCCUAUCCUCGAGCAGUUCUGGGAGACUGGCAAUGAGGUAAAAUACGGUCAAUGCUGGGUUUUCGCUGGUGUCGUCACCACGGUGUGUCGUGCCCUGGGAAUUCCGUCGAGAGUGGUGUCCAAUCUGGUAUCGGCCCAUGACGCUAAUGCCUCGUUAUCGGUGGAUCGUUACUACGAUCUAAAUAACGAGGAACUCGAGUACGAUCCGAACAAUCCCAUGGGCGAGGACUCUAUCUGGAACUAUCAUGUAUGGAACGACGUGUGGAUGGCGAGACCGGAUCUUCCUAAGGGUUACGGUGGCUGGCAGGCCAUCGACGCCACUCCUCAGGAGCAGUCAAAUAACUUUUAUCAAUGCGGUCCGGCGUCGGUGGAGGCUAUCAAGGAAGGUGCCGUUGGUUACAAUUAUGAUGUGACCUUCAUGGUGGCAUCUGUGAACGCGGAUCUGAUGAGAUGGAAGGAGGACCCGGAGAGUGAUUUGGGAUAUUCCAAGAUUGAUUGCAACAAGUACCACAUCGGUCGUAUGAUUUUAACGAAGGCGCCAUGGAUUUUUGAUCCUAAUGGAGAUAAGGAUAGGCAGGACAUAACGUCACUUUAUAAAGCCAAGGAAGGUACCGAGGUCGAGAGACUGACUCUGUACAGGGCGGUGCGUAGUACCGAGAUGGCAAAAAGAUUUUACUCGCUACCGUCUCCAGGUAAAGAGGAUGUUGAGUUCGAUCUUGUCGAGCUCGAACGCGUCAACAUCGGCGAACCGUUUGCAGUGACCGUGAGCAUUAAGAACAAGUCCGAUGAAAUGCGCACUAUUCAGGCUAUCUUGUCAGCCGGCAGCGUUUACUAUACUGGAGUUAAGGCGAACCUGGUGAAGAGAGCUUCCGGCGACUUCGUGCUUCAACCAAAUGCCACGGAACAAUUAAGGCUCACCGUGACACUAAACGAUUAUCUGGACAAGUUGGUGGAGUAUUGCAUUAUGAAGCUAUAUUGUAUCGCCACAGUUAAGGAAACUCGGCAAACUUGGGCAGACGAAGAUGAUUUUCAAGUUUUAAAACCGAAUAUCGAUGUCAAGAUCGAAGGUGAACCAGUAGUUGGACAACCAUCGACCAUCACACUGAGCUUCAAGAAUCCCUUGAAGAGAACCUUGACCAAUUGCCAAUUUAACUAUGCUGGGCCCGGUCUUUCCAGGAACAAGACUUUAACUUUCAGGGACGUCAGGCCUGAGGAGGAUGUUUAUGUGGAGCAUCAGCUCGUGCCGCAAAAGCCCGGAGAGCAGAAGAUAAUCGCCACUUUCACUUCAAAAGAAUUGGUCGAUAUCACCGGUUGCGCAACUGUCGAUGUCCUUGAAGCCGAAUGAAUAGCUACGUG